GUGGUGCUGGCAUAGGUGGUGCGGCGGCGGCGAAGGAUCCCUUAGUCAGCCGCACAGUCGCCUCACCAUACCACUUGACAUCGCCUGACAUAAUAACUUACACACUAGUCGCCUCCACCCACCCAUCCCCCCACCGCUGGUGCCGUAGCUCGGGGCCGUGGAAACGACCAAAGGGAUAGCCCCGCCCCGGGAAACCCACAGCGAUAAGAAGCAAGACUUCGUCACAUAGCCUUCCAACUUCGGAGCUAUUCCGUCUCCAACUUACCCAACAACCACAAAGCAAUGACCGCAACCUCCGCCGCCGUAGUCGGGAGCACCGGGCUGGUGGGCUCGCACAUCCUCUCGCAGCUCCUCGCGCACCCUCAAAUCAGCACCGUCGCCACACUCCUCCGGCGCUCGCCUCCGCAACCCAUCGCCGAUCCCUCCAACAAACUCCGCACCACCGUCUCCCCCUCCAACGAAACGUGGGCCUCCGAGCUACCUGGGAUCCUCUCCUCGACCUCCAGCCACAUCCUCUUCUCGGGCCUCGGCACCACGCUCGCGGCCGCCGGCUCCGCCGAAGCCCGCAGAAAGGUCGACUUCGACCUGAACCUUGCGGUGGCGAAGGCGGCCAAGGCCGCCGGCGUGACAACGUACGUGCUGAUCUCAAGCGGUGGGGCGCAUGCGCAGAGCAUGGUCGGCUACGCCGCGAUGAAGGGGGAGCUCGAGGACGAGGUGUCGGCGCUGGGAUUCGAAAAAUGUGUGCUCCUCCGCCCGGGAUUGAUCGUCGGCGAGAGGGAGAGCAAGAGGACCCUUGAGCAGCCGCUGCAUUCGGUUGCCAACUUUAUGGGUUGGUUGAGUCCCGCUAUGAAGAACUGUUGGGCGCAGGAUGCGGGCACCAUUGCCCGUGCGGCGGUGAGGGCCGCCCUGGAGGAGGAUGUCUGGACCGGGAGACAAACGAAGGAGGGGAAGAAUGGCGGGAAGGUCUGGGUUAUGGGUCAGGCGGAGAUUGUGGAGUUGGGGCUGGAGAAGAAGUAGAAAUGGUGCCGUGCCGUGCAACGUGGAAUCUCACGUCAGACUUCCACUCCAAAUCCCCCCACGGGUAUUACUUGUAUGAGUAUUACUUGUAUGAGUAUUGCUGGUACGAUGUACAUACCUCACGAGCCAAGAAGCCUGUUUACCAUAGCGGUUUCCUAUAUCUAUCAUCGAUCAAGUCUACGAAUUUGCACAUCGCAGAUCACUCCCGCCAAAGCAAGGAGCAUCGAGUGAUAUACAGACCAUAGAACCCUUAUACUAUGAGGUGACGCAGGG